GGCUAAAGCUCCAAGUCCCAGCAAUCAGUCGCGUUUUGACGUCGUCGGAGAGAGGACGUAGUGUUGCUGCUUUCUGACGCAAGUCCAUGUGCUAGACACGUUUUUGAUUGUGUUGUUAUUUUCGUGAACUUUUUCUUUGGAUAGGCAUUGGGAUUACCAUUGACUGAGCGGGCUUUCCAAGAUGAUGAAACACGUGCAGCUUUCUCCUUACAGGAGUAGAGCUGACACAGUGUCCUUAAGCUCCACGACAUCCUACGGAAGUCUCAGUCCUGAACCUCUUGGAAGCCGCUCUUCUAGCUAUUCGUCACUCAACGACUCAUCAGGAAACCUCCAGACUACCAUAAAAGUUUAUGCGAAGUGUUUACGACCCGACAUCGAAUACAAAACCCUCAGUAUCACCUUCCAAACCACGUGUAAGGAAGUGGUUGGCACACUUCUAGGCAAAUAUAAAAUGAAACAUAGGGAUCCGAAGCUUUUUUAUCUCAGCAUGGAAGUUACUGUUCGUAAGGCGGGAGUUCGGACACAUCUGGCUCUGGAUGAGGAAGCUCGACCAGCGGUGCUGCAGAGCUGCCACCCCCGGGGCGAUUCCAAAUUUUCUCUUCAAACAAGGAGGGGCGGCUUAGUAAAAGUGCACGACUCCGUCCUUAACAGCAACUCUCAAUACAAGAGUCUCCUAAUCAGCGCCCGCACCACCGUGGACGAACUCAUCUCCCUCCUCUUGAACUGCUACAACAGCAAAGAACGCGUGGAGCAGUUUUCUUUGUACGAGGUCAACACCGAUAAGGAACAACAAAGAAAAUUACAUCCGGACGACAGGCCCUUGCAGGUGCAACAAACCUGGUUGCCCUCCCAGAAGUGUCAUUUCCUAGUCAGAAGAAACCCCGACUAUUUGCCGCUUUCAAGACGAAAAAUUUUCUGGGUGUCCGACUUGCCGCCGCUACCCCAGUCCAGGCUCUACCAAUCGGCCACCCAGCUAACGCAAAUCUCCAAGUCCCAGAACUCCCUCAUUCCGGCCAGUUCCAAGGAAGAGCCCAAGACGAAGACCGCGUUGUUGAGGUCGAGUAAAGACUGUGUUGGCAGCAAGAGCAAGAGUACUGAGUUGAAGGUUUUUGGUAGCAGUUCGCAGCUGUCGACGAAGAACGGAAACAGUUCUUAUGCAGACUACGAGAAUUAUUUUUAUAUUUAACCAUUAAAUUGUUUUUGUUGUUCCUGUAAAUAGUACGUGUGACAUCUAGUUCGUUUUUGGAUGUGAUAGAGCAGCCUAAAUGAUGUGUAACCAAAGAUUUGUAGAAAGCUUGAAUGUAUUGCACUAACGCGCGGAAUGUCUUGUUUUGUUAAAAAUGAUCUUUGUUUUCUUGUUGUAUCCUACAAUAUUGUGACUGUCGUACCUAAAAGCACUUUUUGUAUGUACUGCGGCGUAUUCUUGUUAUUAUUGUAUAUGACAAUUAGUAGUUUUAUGGUAUAAAAUUUCUUAUUUUGUUACUUUUCACUAAAGUGUGGGAUCGUAUUUUAAAGUUUCCAUUUUGUAAAUGUGGUCUAGUAAAUAGUAGUCAGUGUUACGAAUUCGACGUAAUGUGUAGAUAUAUAAAUGCAACGUUUUCUGUCUCUCUCUAAUUAUACGAUAAAAUUAUUGAAGUAAUCUUAAGUAAUUUAACUGUAUUUAUGUCUGACGUGUUAUCCAAAGAUUAGGUAUAACUUCGAAAGUGUAUUUUUUGUAACUAACUGUGCAAUGUGUGUAUAUAAUUAUACCAAAGAUCCAUUUUGUAAAUAUACGUGUAUAUUACAGUGUGUGACCUUAAUA